AUGCCCGAAGGUAUCGAAAAGAAGCACAGCAGCUCCUAUGCUCAUAGACUGGAAAAUAAAGAAAAUUACGAGUUCACAGUGAAAAAAGGCGAUAUCGUAGCAAUACCGACAUUGGCCAUACCAUACUAUGCGAAAUACGACAACGCCACCGAAAGUUCCAGUAUAUACUCCGAACCUCCUGAAGAUGUUCGUGAAUAUCCAUCGUCAACAACUCAAAGCAAAACAGAGCAAAUUAUUCGAAGCCUUCUCACCCUGGGAUAUGAUUUUGAUGGACGUCCAUUGACUGAUGAUAUCAUAUUCAGAGAACCAGAUCAAGCUGCAUCGUUCACUCCUAUGGUAGUAUGUGCAAAACCAGUUGAAAUUGAAUGUGUAUGUCUGUGGGAUUUCUUUGGUGGUGAUACUUGCUUGGACAUAAAUUGCUGGGCUGGAACAGAGCUGAAUGUCGUUGCUGAAGAGUAUCAAAUACGAAAACUACCCAAGGGCGAGUACCUUCGAAUACCAUUACGGUGGAGUCUGGCACGCAUCGUUGGCGAAAGGCCUCAGAGUGGUCUUGGGCUGAUUCCAAGCUGUUGGCUUGUGCCGAAAAAAUUUGUUCAAGGGGUUUUCGUAAUAUUUUCUCCGGUUUGCUUGAAUCCUGAUCCAACAGACUAUCGUCCUUUCCUGCUGAUGUUUCUAUGUGAAGAUUCGGAUGAGGAUAGGGAGAUAAAGGACAAGAUCAUCAGUAGGAGCCAACAAGAUCCGGAACUAGUCUGUGGAUCACAGUUUUACUCGUACGAAUUGGAUCAAUGUAGACGAGUAACACCAAACAAGGAAAAAACUCCGAAAGAAAAGAAAACAAAAAUUCGUAAAAACCUUUCAAGAAGGGAGAUUCGUACUGCCAUUUCGCCGGCAGCCAAGAAGGCUUCGGAAAGUAGAAGCAGAGAAGAAGACAAGGAAAAGGAUGUUGACCGACUUGCCGAACUCGUAGCUUCACCAUACAUACCGAAGAUUCUGACUAUUACCCGGUCACUAAUGGGACACUAUGAGCUAUUUGGGAAUCGAUACAGCACUCUGUACGAUUUGGUUUACCACCUCUCUAUAACCGAUUCUGAACUACCUACUCGACUUGUGUAUGGGACGCUGUCCAAGCCACCUCCACAACCGUUCUGUAGCGUUCCCCCGCCCUGUGAACAACCUCGACGUGAUCCACGUGCUUGUUUGAUGCAAUGCGAACAAUGGGCUGCUCGGCAAUUCGAUCAGGCAGUUCUACCAACGCUUCUUGCCGCUCCAUUUCAACAUGUCUCCAAAACGAUGGUGGAUCCUUCGAAACAAAGUCAUGAAAGAAUUCUUAGAACAGCCGGUAUCGGUGGUAGAGCCAAACGUGGUGUCUCAUCAACAGGUGUAACGAUAUUUAAUGAAAUGACAGCGGCUAUGGAAAAGUAUGAACGGCCAAAACAAAGAAAAGAUAAAAAAGACGAAGAUAAAGCUAGUAAGAAAAAAUCCGAUACUUCAAAAGACAAGGUACGUGAGCCAUACACAAAUGUGCCAAAGGACGAGUUUUGCAUAGUAGCAGACAAGUCAAUUGAAAUCAAUCAGAACGAUUUGGUGGUUGAUCGCUUUCGAACACUUGGGAAAGGAGCAUUCGGUGCAGUCUACGCUGGAGAAUAUAAAGCUCCAAACGGUUCCAUGGUACCUGUAGCUGUGAAAAGCCUUCGCCUAGUCACUACCGACAAAGAUCAACGACUACCUUGGAUUAGUGAAAUAGAAAUGUCUCAUCAGCUAAAUCAUCCAAAUGUUGUACGAUUUUUUGGAUUUUGCAUGGAACCAGCAGACAGCAAUAUUUUGAUGGUGUUUGAAAUGAUGGACAAAGGAGCGCUAGAUUCGUUCUGUCGGAAGAUCAACUAUCAGAUGAGUAUCAACGAGACGGUGGAUUGGUUGUGUCAAAUCGCUCGUGGUAUGGCACAUUUACAUGCUCAGAUACCAUCGAUUGUCCAUGGAGACUUGGCGGCCAGGAAUGUUCUGGUUCGUAGCCACCCAGUGGAUGUUACAAGAUACACCUUGAAGCUAACUGACUUCGGAAUAUCGAAAAGAACUCGCUCGGAAACUUUUGCCACCUACGACGAUCCUAAUAAGAUUCCAUUCAAAUGGUUACCACCCGAAGUGCUAAAGGGUCGUGAAAUGACACCGAAGGCAGACGUAUGGUCGUAUGGAGUACUCAUUCACGAGCUAUACGGUAUCGGUGAGCCAUACGGUAUGAUGGGACCAGAAAAGGUGAUUCAUGCGUUGAACGAUGGACAUCGUUUUGAGCGACAACCCAAAAUGCCACAUUUCAUCUACGAUGUAUGCUUGCAGUGUUGGAGGCGGUUACCGCUGGAUAGACCUCAUUUUAGGUCUGUCCUUCCUUCUCGAAUUACAGGACCGAAAAAGCACGGUGAUCGAAAAGCGUAA